CACGGAAACAUAGAAUGAGAGCGCCAGUUAUUGAGCUCAUUUUUUAUUAAGUCAUUGAAUGGUAGCGAUUCAUAUUCCUGCUCUUUUCAACAAGGAAUCAUUAUGAGUUUUUCUUGUCAGCGAAACAGCUAUCUUAAAGAAUUUCAAACCUGUGUGAAGACUUGUUUGCCAGCAAAAGUUAAACUGACAGUUAAUGGGAAAAAGGAAACAUUGGAUGGAUUUGAAGUAGUUCUGGAAGAUACCAUUCUGUUUCCAGAGGGUGGCGGACAGCCAGAUGACAGAGGCACAAUCAAUGGCGUUGAAGUGUUACGUGUGGUGAGGCGGGGUGCUGAGGCGCUUCACUUUGUGAGGAGUCCUCUGGAGCCUGGACAGGAUGUGGAACUGCAGGUGGACUGGACGCGCCGCUUUGACCACAUGCAGCAACAUACAGGGCAGCACCUGAUAACUGCAGUAAUACAUUCUUUAUUUGGAUUCAAGACAACUUCCUGGAAUUUAGCUGGCCGAGAGAAGAUCAGUUUCAUUGAGCUGGACACUCCAGACAUGAGUUUGGACCAGAUGAAGGAAGCAGAAGAUGAAGUUAAUGCUAAAAUCCGAUCCUCGCUCUCCGUCCACCCAAAACUGUACCCAGACAAAAAUGACCCAGAGCUGAAACAGUACAGGGGAUUGGGCUUACCAGAUGACCAUGUGGGGGCUGUGAGAGUUUUGACUAUUGAUGGGGUGGACUCGGCACUCUGCUGUGGGACACAUGUCUGCAAUCUGAGUCAUCUGCAGUCAGUGAAGCUCUUGUCUCUUGAAAAAGGCAAAAAGAAUAAGACAAACCUGUAUUUCUUGGUUGGGAAUCGCAUCCUGUCUUAUUUGGGACGGUGUUAUGAUACAGAGAAAUCCCUGACACAAAUUCUAAGUGGUCCACCUGAACAGCAUGCUGAGUUGGCUGAGAAACUUGUAAAGUCUUACAAACAGACACAAAAGACUGCGACUGGUCUUCUGAGAGAGAUUGCAGGCAUGGAGGCCAUGCAGGUGAAACAACAUUCUGAGAAGGACCCAGUGUUUUGUUUGCACAGGAAAGAUGGAGACAAUGAAUUCAUGAACAUUAUUUCUAAUGAAUUGGCAAAUGAGGAUCUGGUUGUGUUCUUAACUGUUGGUGAAGAGAAAGGUGCAGGGCUUUUCUUACUGGCAGCAAAAGAUGAAAUCUUGACUAGGGUGUCAAAAAGAGUUGGAGAACUACUGGAAGCCAAGGGAGUGUGCAAGAAUGGACAGUUCCAAGGAAAAGCCAAAAAGCUGGUUAACAGAAAAGAGGUGGAAAGACUUUUACGAGAAACAUUAUGCCCCAAAGAAGCAUAAAGUUUCCCAAGUGUGAUAAAUUAUGUGUGAUAAAUU